UUUCAUGGGAUUGGGUGCUGCAUCUAUCAACGCUGCUAUCCCAAUGCCUGCACUUGUGCCUAUUGUUGAUGUUGAGAAUAUCAACUGUGAUGCAGAGUUGGUACUAGCACCAAACAGGCCAACUGAACCUGAUAUUCCUGAAUUUGUUCUUCACCCUAGUGUUGGUAGAAUCCCUAAAACAGGUCACAGUGUUCUAAAAAGUUCAUUUGCACCUAAGGAUAUUGCUAUAGCACUAGCAAAGUGGGGUGAGAGUCCAAAAAAACAUAUCAUAGAGAUGGGCCUGGGUGGGUUGCUACAUGUAGAUCAUUUUACUCACUUUAGCAGGAACCAUUCUCUUUUCUAUCUGCAAUCUAUAGACACUAGGAGGAAAAGGCUUGUUCUAGGGAAAAAAUUGCUCAGAUCAGUGAGAGAUCGAUGUCUGCCAUAUUAGGUACAAGAGAAGGUGGUGAUGUAGAGAUUCAGAGACUCAGAGAAGGUCCUACGACGAAAGAAAUAUUUAUGGUCAGAAAAAUGCUAGACCUUGAUCUAAACCAUCAAGAAGUGAAAACACCAGAUCUUUUGAAAGUUUUGUGUGAAGACCAUCCUGAGGAGUUCACCAAAACAAGGGCAAUAAGGUUGAAACUUGCCUUCGCAAUGUUAGUUCUGUCAGUUUUCUACAGCCCCAGAGACAAGAGAGGAUAUGUCCCAAAGGAUGCAUAUCUUCUGGCAUAUGCUCUUGAAAAUCUGGACAAGUUAAACUGGACCAAUUACGGAGUUGUUGAGCUUCUUGAUGCUCCUGCUAGAGUUCAGCAGUAUGUCAAUGCAAACCCAGGGCCUGGAAUCACUAUCUUUGGUUGCCACUACUAUCUUCAGGUGUUGUAUUUUGAUUCUGUGGAUGCUGGAGAUCAGAAUGUCGAUCCUACUGUUUGUCCUAGGAUAUGUGUCUACAAUGCUCCAAAACUUUUUGCUCUUCUUGAGAGGGACACCAUGAAUUGUAUAUAAAUGAGGGUUUACUGCAUGCUGAGAGUGAGUGAUAUAAACCUGGUCUAAUAAUAGUAUUGCUGUAAGUCAGAGGAAAUGCUAAAAUUUAAAUUUGUCCAGCCUGAUGUGAAGGAACAGGCG